CAACAAUCCACUUCACCACACCAAUUAAAUCUUGUCACUCAAGUUUCCACUUCUUCCUCAACCACGUCGUCCUCCAAUUCCUUUAUUAAUAUUCUCUUGAAAAUUAUCUAACCAAAAGGAAGAAAAAUAAAACUUUAGAGUGGAAGAUCCCCACACACAGAACAAGAAUGUCGAAUUCUGCAACUCUCUUCCUUCUCUUUCUCGCUAUCUCAACCUUCUCAUCCUCCUUCAUUGAUGGAGCUCAGCUUAUACUAGUGAAUAACUGCCAGGAGAGCAUAUGGCCGGGAAUCCUCGGCGGCGGAGGUCAAAUCACGCCGAGAAACGGCGGAUUCCACAUGGGAAGCGGCGAAGAAACAAUCAUAGACGUACCGGAUAAAUGGUCCGGUCGAAUCUGGGGUCGACAAGGCUGCAUCUUCGACCAAAACGGCAAAGGCUCGUGCCAAACCGGAGAUUGCAACGCCGGUUCAAUCAACUGCCAAGGAACCGGCGGUGUUCCACCAGCAACCGUCGUGGAAAUGACAUUGGGGUCAUCCUCCUCGCCGCUUCAUUUCUACGACGUGAGUCUCGUCGACGGAUUCAAUCUUCCGGUGUCGAUGAAACCCAUCGGAGGAGGAGUCGGAUGCGGCGUGGCGGCUUGUGAAGUCGAUUUGAAUGUUUGUUGCCCAUCGGCUUUGGAAGUUAAGAGAGAUGGCAAAGUCGUUGGGUGUAAAAGCGCUUGCUUGGCUAUGCAAUCGGCCAAGUAUUGUUGCACCGGAGAGUAUGCGAAUCCCAAGGCUUGCAAGCCGACGCUAUUCGCGAACCUGUUCAAAGCGAUUUGUCCUAAAGCUUAUAGUUAUGCGUUUGAUGAUUCGAGUAGUUUGAACAAGUGUAGAGCUUCUCGUUAUGUCAUCACUUUCUGUCCUCCAAAGUGAGGAUUUUGAUUGAUCUGUGUUUUUUC